AAGAAGAGAGGACGAGCACAGUUGCCAACUCUCGCGAGACAAAUAAGCGACUAGAGCUUCAAAAACAAGCCCAAUAUUAUUUGAUUAUUUAUUUUCCGCAUUAUCAUUUAUUAACAAUAAAUGCGCCUGCAACAUAUUAAACUGAAACCAGUGCUUUAUUAGAAAAGGAUAAACUGAUUAGGGAAAAAAAGGAUAAAAAUAAAUAAAAAUCAGGGAACUGCAACAAAGCGGAGAGAACGCACUUUCCUCAUCUCCUGUUUGGCUGAAUCGGAUUGGAGAGAAGGAAAAGGACAAAAAGACAAGAGCAUUAAGGGUAGCUGUAACAUAUAUUUAGCUUAAUAAAAUAAAAUUCUCCCCUUCGUUGGAGGCAUUGUUUGUAGAAAUUGAAAUACGUGUAUUUCUGUAGAUCAUAGAUUGCGCCGCCUGCACGUUGAACGUCAUUUUACUCCAAUGAGGGGCGUGAUUUUUUUUCCCAAACCGGUUGAGCACAAACCACGCCCCCUACGCGAAAACCCCACCCCGCAGCCGUGACUCACGUCUCUAGCUCGAUUUCAUUGGUCAACUCUGUUACCUCACCUGAGAAGAAGUUUGGACGUCAAUCAAAGUCGUUGAUGGAUCCGUCGCUGACUAACGGUAAACAGUUCUUUUCAAUAACAUUUUAUUAUUAGAAGUAUUUGUAGGUCUCAAUGUGAGUUUUUACAUGUAUUAUUAAAGUUUUCAUUUGAACUUUAUCUUAUUCAUUAGGUUCGCUCUCAGGAGAGUGCGCAUGUUUGGGCUGUGGUGAAGACCAAGCCGUACAUCUGAAGAACUGGUUGCCUCCUGGGUAUAAAUAUCACUUCUGCACAUAUCGUUUGUGCACUACAGAAGGCAACUCACACCUGGACCACACAAGUUUUGAGGCAUCACUAAGAAUUGCAUUGACAGAAAUUUGUGAAGUAAAGGAAUGGGUGGGAAAGCUUAGUGAAUCAUCAGGAGUGAGUUGGAGAGUGGCAGUGACAAAACCAAAUAAGGGACAACGUGUACUUUAUAAGGCUCAUUACAGGUGCCAGCACAAUGUUUAUGUCCGAUCAGACACGGCUAAUCAAAGGCGGCUUUCAAAAAAUACAUGCUGUGAGGCAAAAAUGGUUUGCACUCUGGUGAAGACUACAGACAAAAGGGGAGGAACUAGUAGGAGCAUUGAUCCCCAUAUACCUACUUACCCAACUUCGGUGCGUUUGUACAAUGUACACAAUCAUAACAUCUUUGUUGCGGAGGCACUGAGGCACAAGGAUGUAGGGGUCAAGGCAAUUGAAACCCUGACACAGUUGUUUGAGGUUGGGCACAGUCCAACCUCAGCUCUGGCUGUACUUAAAAGUGACCUGUUGGCUGAGCAUUUUAACAAAUAUGUAUAUGUCUCAGCCAACCGUGCCAUUUGCCCAGACCUUCAGUUUUGCUACAGAUACAGGAAAUUCCUGACCUAUCUACAGAAUCUUAACAGUCGACGUGAGAGUUGGGCUCUCAGCUAUAGGAGGGACUUGCCAACCCGUGGCAACCAAACCAAUAACUAUGUGGAGGCUGCAAUGCGUGUCUUGAAAGACAAAAUACUUCAUAGGACAAAAGCAUUCAACCUGCCUCAAUUAUUCAACCUUUUCAUUACCCGACUAGAGAUGUACUAUGAAGCACGUGUGACAGACGUUGCUCUUGGCCAUUGGGAGGCAUUCCACCGGUCAAGAUUUCUUGCUACACAAAGUAAUAUCAAAGCAUCGGAUAUUUCUCAGGUUGGAGAAAAGAAAUUUCAGGUAAGAUCAUCCACAUUAGGGCACACAUAUACCGUGGACAUGGAGCUGGAGCUCUGCACUUGUCCAGUUGGCCAUAGUGGGGCACCAUGCAAACACCAGGCAGCAGUAGUGCAAAAUUACAACAUCACCUCCAUCAACUUUCUCCCCACAACAGCUGAAAUGAGGGCUGAGCUGCUGAAAAUAACAAAAGCCUCAGUUUCUCUUGACUUUCUAAACCCUUUACGGCAAAAUAUGCCAACGCCAAGCACAUUAGCUCCAGACAUGCCUCGGAAACAAGAAACCUGCACUUCUGAUCAUCAGUAUCAUCUCAGUGCUGAAGAUGAUGAGUCACAUCAGCUGGACCUGUCUUCGACCAGUUCUACACAACUGCAACAAAUAUCACCUAUGCAAGAGGACCCAUACUCCAACCAUCCCUGUGUUCAGGGUAACACAGAGGGAGCAUCUUUACCUCAGUCUCCUGUGAAACGGAUGCUGAGACUGCUCAGUGAAAUGGCUGAAAACCCAGACUACAGUAAUGCCAUGUCUAAAAUGGCCAAGCAGCUUGAAAAGAUACAGCACAACCAGACCCAACUGAUCUCGGCAUUUUACUGCUUUGGUAAAGGGAUGUCAGUAUCAAAACGUGCAGCAGCGUUAAGACGAGCUGCUAGACGACCAGGUCCUAUUAUUGGCUGUCAGCCAACAGCAGUGGCCAGAAGAACAGCUAAGACUGGUUCUAGGCAGCGUUUGACAGCUGGACGCCCCAGAAAAUGCAAUUCUGGUUCAGAGCAUGACUACAGCAGAUAUACAGGGAAAAAGGCUGUCAGGGUUCGCCACAAAUUGUCAGAAUCUGUGGCAAUGAAUUACUCACAUCAAGCAUAAAAUUAUUUGUAUGACGUGGGUGGGUUUGGGUGUGUGUGAGUGUGUGUGUGUGUGUGUGUGAGUGUGUUUAAAAAUGGUUAUUUCGUAGAUUAGUUAAUGCAAACAUAGUAUUAUUUAUGAAAUUUAGAUCCAGACUGCAGGUUAUGUAGCCAUUUUAAAAUCAUUUUUGGAAACUUGUUAAAAAUAUUAACUGCACAGAAAAAAAAUUCAAAAGUUUUUAUAGCAAUUGUGAAUUGCAUGUAAUGUUUUUGUGUACCAGGACAUUUUUGUAUUUUAUCUAUGUAAUUGAUAAAUAAAGCAUUCUAUGGCCAGUCAGCAAGUUGAUUAUUACUAAUCAUCACGCAAAAUGCAAACAAAGACAUGCUUUUAAAUCGUUGUUGGGUUACUUUGAUGCCACUUUAAGUCAAGAUGCACCUAAAGUCUUGAAUUCUGGGCUAGGAAUGCAGGUAAAAGGUCAUAUUGUUCGCUAUAUUAAAUUAAAAUUAUAUAUAUAUAUAUAUAUCAGUAUUAAGCUUCUCUGUGUUCCUGUUUUAUAGCAGCCUACAUUAUGUAACUUAAUAAUUUUUUUUAUUUUGUACACCCUUUUAUUUGUGUUUUGGAUAUUAUAUCCAUAUAUCUAUGAUUGUAUAAAAAUCUGUUCGUUUGUUUCAAGGCAAUGUAGCAAUAAGCACUGUGAUAGAGUUGACCAAUGAAAUCGAGCUAAAGACGUGAGUCACGGCUGCGGGGUGGGGUUUUCGAGUAGGGGGCGUGGUUUGCGCUCAACUGGUUUGGGGAAAAAAAUCAC